GAAUGACCCCAGUGUUUCUACUGAUCUUGAGCAGUAGAUAAAGUGGUUGAUGAAUUAAUAGGACAGGUGAACUCUAGUAAUUAUAAGGUCUCAUUAGUUGGAUUAGAUCUUGUAGGUGCCUUUGUUGACAGACUCAAGAGAUGCUUCAAAUCCUAUAUAGGACCUGCCUUUCAGUGUUGAUGGAUUGAAUGGGUGAUGCCAAAGACUAGGUUUGUGAACCAGCACAGAAUCUUGUUUUGACGUUAAUGGAUCAAGCAGCUCCACUGAUGUUAAUUUGGGGACAUCUUGGUGGUGGCUUGAAACACAAGAGCUACCGUUCAGGAGAAGGAGAGUGUGAUUGUCUUGUUGCAAUGUUAAAUGCAAAUGGCACGCAAUCAUUAAUUCUCAGCAAACUGAUUCUGCACUUCUGCAUCUUGUUGCAAUAUUCGCAAUUGUGGAACUUUAUAGACAUGAAGGAAAGAAAGAAUAGGGGACUUCCCUCUGCAAGAUUACAAACAAUAGUUAUGAUGUUUAAUGAAGUGAAAAAUUGUGGUGAUAUGAUUUCAAGCAACAACAGUGAUAAAAACUUUGAUGAUGAAGAAUCAAUAGAUAGAAAUAGGCCAUUUUCAGUUGCUUCAGCUAUCAAGGUUCCUGCAUCUGAGAAACCCAGAGAUCCUUCAAAUACUUCAAAAAAGUCAGGUUCUGCUGGUAGGCCUAAGGUUGGAGGCACCACCAAAGGAGGAGAGGCUGGUGCUGUUGAUGAACAUGAUUUUAUACAGGCAUUUACAGAUGUUCCUACUGUCCAGAUCUUCUUGAGGCAUGAACUUGAAGAAACACUCAAUAAAAUCAGGGAAAUCUUGUCAGAUGAUAAACAUGAUUGGAAUCAAAGAGUUAAUGCACUUAAGAAGGUCUGGUCAUUACUUGUUGCUGGGGUUGGACAAUAUGAUGGAUUUUCCCAGCAUUUUCGGCUGUCGGAUGGAGUUAAAUUGUCAGCUAAAGAUCUCAGAUCACAAAUGGUUAGAGAAGCAUGCAUUACAGUAGCUCAUCUUUCAACAGUUCUAGGAAAUAAGUUUGAUCAUGGUGCAGAAGCUGUUGUGCCUAUCCUGUUUAAUCUGGUCUCUAACAGUGCCAAAGUUAUGGCUGCUUCUGGGUGUGCAGCCAUUAGAUUAAUCAUCCGACAUACCCCUUCUCCCAGAUUUAUACCUUUCAUAGCCAGCAACUGUACCUCAAAAUCUGUUGCAGUCAGAAGGCACUCUUGUGAAUGUCUAGACCAAUUGUUGCAAGAGUGGCAGACUCAUUCACUGGAAAGUGAUGCAGCUGUCUUGGUUGCAGCCAUCAAAAAAGGCAUUCAUGGCGUUGAUGCUGAGACCAGAGUGGAAGCAAGAAAGACUUACCUAGGUCUAAGAAAUCAUUUUUCAGAUGAAUGUAUAAUGUCCAAGGUGAUGUAUAAUAAUCCUGAGCUGCCCUAUCAAAGAAGCCUUCAUACAUACUUAAAGGGGAUAUAGGGCUGUGAUCACCCGGAGAGCAGUAUUUGGAAGGCUCAUGUAUUCUGUCUCGUGGCCAUUCAUGCAGCCCGUGGGUGAUGAGCU